AAUCCAUGGUGUAACUCUCAAAACACUGACUUUCCUCUAAAACCCCUAAAAGAACCCUCAAAGCACCCAAACAAAAAAAAUGGGAUCUUUAGCACAUCAAUUUGUUGGAUUAAAGUGUUCACCAAUUUCAACAACAAGAAUUAUUCAAUCCAAUAAGAAUCUUGUAAAUCCCAUUAUUAUUCAUACAAAGCAAAAGAUUGUGUCUCGAACUGGGGCAGUGGCGACUACAAAUGCACAAACAAGAGAGAGAAUCAAGCUUAAGGAGAUGUUUGAAGAAGCUUAUGAAAGAUGCCGUACAGCUCCUAUGGAAGGUGUAGCUUUCACUGUUGAAGAUUUUCAUUCUGCCCUUGAAAAAUAUGAUUUUGACUCAGAAUUAGGUACCAAGGUCAAAGGGACAGUAUUUUCCGUAGAUGCCAAUGGAGCUUUAGUUGAAAUCACAGCGAAAUCAUCAGCAUACUUGCCCAUACAAGAGGCUUCAAUUUACAGCAUCAAGCAUGUGGAAGAAGCUGGAAUAUUUCCUGGUUUCAGAGACGAGUUUGUGGUUAUUGGUGAAAAUGAAGCUGAUGAUAGUGUGAUAUUGAGUUUGCGGUCAAUUCAAUAUGACCUGGCAUGGGAAAGGUGCAGACAACUUCAAGCUGAAGAUGUUGUUGUCAAAGGUAAGGUGGUUAGUGCGAAUAAAGGUGGAGUGGUGGCAUUGGUCGAGGGCCUUCGUGGGUUUAUUCCAUUCUCACAGAUAUUUUCGAAAUCAACUGCAGAGGAGCUUUUGGAGAAGGAACUUCCUCUGAAAUUUGUUGAGGUUGAUCAAGAGCAAACUAGACUUAUACUCAGCAACCGUAAGGCCAUGGCUGAUAGUCAGACACAGUUGGGAAUUGGGUCAGUUGUACUUGGAACUGUUCAGAGCUUGAAACCAUAUGGUGCCUUCAUCGACAUUGGUGGGGUCAAUGGCCUUCUUCAUGUCAGCCAGAUCAGUCAUGAUCGUGUGUCAGAUAUCGUGACCGUCCUUCAGCCUGGUGACACUCUGAAGGUCAUGAUAUUGAGCCAUGACCGUGAGAGAGGUAGAGUGAGCCUCUCUACAAAGAAGCUAGAACCUGCACCUGGUGACAUGAUUCGCAAUCCAAAGCUCGUCUUUGAGAAGGCUGAAGAGAUGGCUCAGACAUUCAGGCAGAGAAUUUCCCAAGCUGAAGCAAUGGCUCGUGCUGAUAUUCUGAAAUUCCAGCCUGAGAGCGGAUUGACUCUGAACUCCGAUGGGAUUUUAGGUCCGUUGACCUCGGAACUACCUGCAGAGGGACUGGAUUUGAGUGUAAUUUUUCCAGCUGAAGAGUCAUGAGCCAUAAUGAUACUACAUAUUUUUGAUCACUUAGUUGAGGAUAAUGUAUAAAUAUUGUUUGCAAGUACAGAGUUCUGUCAUCUAUGUUGAAAAUUCAUACACUUGAAUUUUGCGUCCGAUUCUUAAGUCCUUUCUUAUUUUUAAAUCACUUUUCGUUCCGUUGAUGAAAGAUAGAGAUCAGGCUUUCUAAAUGAGAUUGAGUGGAAUGAAAUAUGCUAUUUUGUUGCA